AAGGAUUUUUGUGUUAUUACUCCAUAUGAUGCACAACGGGCUGCUAUAGAGAAACAGCUCAAGCAGGAAAAUAUUCCAUGGGAGAAGGUGUUCAAUGUAGAUAGCUUUCAAGGGAACGAGGCUGACUAUGUUGUUCUCUCCGUUGUCCGUUCUGCCCACGUUGGAUUCUUGCACUCGCCACAGCGAAUGAACGUCAUGCUAACUCGAUGUCGCCGCGGUAUGGUCAUCGUGUCUAGUCAAUCCUUCUUAGAAGGGGUCGCUCGAGACACACUUGUCGGGAAGAUUUCCGCAUAUUGG